GUGCCGGAGGCCAAAGACUUUCGCGAGGGUGGACGCGCGCCGUGUUUUCUCUCGCACACCGUGAGAAUCCACUCUCCUUUACCUCUCUCUCUCUCUUUCUCUCUUUCUAUCUUUAUAUUUUUCUUUCUUUCUCUCUCUCUUUCUCUCUCUCUCUUUCAUUUAAUAUUUCCUUAUCCGUACUUUCGUUAUCUUUCUCGCACGCGUUUGAUCGUCGUUCGUACGUUCAUUCUCGGUUUCUUUCACGUCGCGUCUUCUCGCCGGGGUUUAUGUACAACGUGAAUUUUUUCUUCUAUCAUUUCUCCGUGUUGUCGUGCAAGAACCGUGGUCCGACGUUACGCGUGCCAUUUUUUGAACUCCCAUUGAAAGGCACGAUACGAAAGUGGAAACUGCAAAGAAGUUUAUUAUUUUCGAAGAGAUUAAUUGGUUUUUUUCUUUUUUAUUUUUCUUCUUUUUCGUUAAAAAAUCUUUGAUUUUGUAUCAUUUUUCUCAUUGAUUUAAACGACACGUUGUUUUAACUGUCGUGAAUUUAGUUCGAUCUCGAGAUAAUAUCGCGCCUAUAUACGAUCCCGUAAUCGGUCCCGCGUGCGUGUUCCAUCACGGCCGGAUGAUACUCUCCGAGAUACUCUGCGUCCGUGCUCGGAUUCAUUCAACGUCAUUUCGUCAAUGUCGUCGUAUUAUUCACGACAAUUCUCGAAUUUUUCUUCUACUCUCGAAAUAGAAAUGAAAUUAUUUUGGGAGUGAACUAUUAUAAGACAAAUGGACAAGGUUUUCCCAUUGGUGGUGAUCAUCACGCUGGUGUCGUCGUGAUAGAGUGGAGAGUCAAAAUAUCAGCUUGAUUGGAACCUGUUUCGUUUGGAAUCAAUUCGAAGAAAGACUAUCAAAAGGAAACGGGAGGGAAGAAGGAAAAUAACAAAGUUAAUCAGUCAAAUCCAAUAACAGGAACUUAAGAAGGAUGAUGGCCCGAUUCUUAAUAUUAGCUGGUGUUGCUGCAGUUGUGACGUCCGCCGGUGGGCAUGGUUUUGAUGCACAUUUACGUGGUCCGAGUUUCCUCAUAGAACCACCAUUGAGGGUGGAAUUUUCAAAUUCGAGCGGUGCCUGGCUGGAUUGCACGGCAUCCGGAAGUCCUCCACCUAAUAUCGACUGGUCGACUGCAGAUGGACAUCCAGUAAAUGACGUACCAACCGUAAGAAGGGUACUCAGGAAUGGUACACUCGUCCUCUUACCUUUUCCGGCAGCGGCUUAUCGUCAAGACGUACACAGUGCAGCAUAUAGAUGUGUAGCAAGUAACUCAGUUGGCAGGGUACUUAGUCGUGACGUCCAAGUUAGAGCAGUCGUCGCUCAGGCCUACAAAGUGGACGUUGAGGUAAUCGGAGGUGCAUCAAAAGGAUGCACGGCGAUACUAAGAUGCGUCGUUCCUAGUUUCGUCAAAGAUUUGGUGCGUGUUGUGUCCUGGAUUCAGGAACCAUCUUCCUACAUUUAUCCUUCGUUACAAGGAGAUGGAAAAUUUCAUCUAUUACCAACCGGUGAACUUCUCGUUCACAGUCUCGAAUUUAGCGAUCAAUUACACGGAUAUAAAUGUCGAACGAUGCAUCGACUAACCAGAUUAGUGGUGGUUAGUUCAGCUGCUAAUAUUAGAAUAGCUGAUCACAGGGGAAUAAUGCCUCCGGUUAUGCUCGAAAAUUCCGGGGUUGUUCACGUAGCUCAAGACGAAUCAACGUCAUUGGUCUGCGUCGCACAAGCUUGUCCUUCUCCUGAAUAUCGGUGGUACGCACAGACAGGUGCCGAACCCAUGCUAGUCUUGUCUGGACCGAGAACUCGUUUACUUGGUUCUAUGCUGGCAAUAGAAGCCGUAACGUUGGAAGAUAGUGGUAUUUAUAGGUGUUCCGCAUCGAAUCCCGGAGGUGAAGCUAGCGCCGAAAUCAGACUCAUAGUGACGGCACCACUUCACGUUGAAGUAACGCCAUCGCUACUGAGCGUUCAUUUGGGUGGUGACGCCGAGUUCAAGUGUGAGGUUGGUAUACAUCCUCAAGCUGGACCACACUUUAUCACCUGGUACAAGGACGGCAGGCAGCUUCCGGGCACUGGAAGACAAUCAGAAUUAUUGAGGCUAAAUGGUAUAGGUAGAGAUGACAGGGGAAUGUAUCAGUGCAUCGUCAGAAGGUCCGAGGGUGAUACAGCCCAGGCUUCCGCGGAAUUGCAAUUGGGAGACGCACCACCGGUUCUUCUCUAUUCGUUCAUCGAGCAAACUCUUCAACCAGGACCAGCUGUGUCAUUAAAAUGUUCCGCUGCUGGAAAUCCAACGCCGCAGGUCACAUGGGCUUUAGAUGGUUUCCCCUUACCGACUAAUGGAAGGUUCGUCAUUGGACAAUAUGUGACGGUACACGGUGAUGUAAUAUCUCACGUUAAUAUUAGUCACGUGAUGGUCGAAGAUGGUGGAGAGUAUUCCUGUACAGCCGAAAAUCGUGCUGGAAAAGUUACACAUGCUGCACGUCUUAACGUUUACGGUCUACCUUACAUUCGACUAAUUCCAAAAGUGACGGCAGUUGAUGGUGAACAGCUUCGUUUGAAGUGUCCAGUAGCUGGUUAUCCGAUAGAAGAAAUCAAAUGGGAACGAGCAAAUCGCGAGUUACCGGAUCAGCUUCGACAGAAGGUACAUCCAGACGGUACCUUGGUGAUAACCAACGUACAAAAGAAGACCGACGCCGGAGUAUACACCUGCUGGGCACGUAACAAGCAAGGACACAGCGCGAGAAGAUCCGGAGACGUCGCAGUAAUCGUUCCCCCAAAAAUUAGCCCGUUCAGGACAGAUCUCGAUUUUCAUCUCGGCGAACGAACGACCCUUACUUGUUCGGUGACGAAGGGCGAUCAGCCAUUAUCCAUCUCUUGGCUCAAGGACGGAAGGUCGUUGGGACCAUCGGAACGUGUCACUGUUACCAAUGUGGACCAGUACAAUAGCAUACUGAUGAUUGAAAGUUUGUCUCCAGAUCACAAUGGCAACUACUCGUGUGUGGCCCGUAAUUUGGCCGCAGAGGUAUCGCACACGCAGCAGCUAAUGGUUCAUGUACCCCCUAUUAUUGAGCCAUUUACGUUCCAAGAGGGCCUUUCCGAGGGGAUGCGGACGCGGACGGUGUGCGGGGUCGCGGCGGGUGAUCCACCCUUAACCAUAUCCUGGCUGAAAGACGGCCAAAGUCCCUUUUCCUUACUACCGAAUCUGGCAUCCGUUGCUAACAUCUCCCAAUUGGAUCCCUACUCUAGCCUCCUCAGUAUAACGAACCUUGCGGCCGAGCACUCCGGCGACUAUACCUGCGUCGCCGCGAACCCCGCCGCCGAGGUCAGGUACACGGCCAAGCUACAGGUAAAAGUUCCUCCACGGUGGAUCGUUGAACCAACAGAUAGCAUAAGUGUCGAAAGAAACAAGCACGUUGCUUUGCACUGUCAAGCACAAGGUGUACCGACACCUGUUAUCGUUUGGAAGAAAGCUACAGGAAGUAAAUCUGGCGAAUACGAGGAGUUUCGAGAACGAGCAUACACUAAAAUUUUAAGCAACGGAACCCUCCUCUUACAACACGUGAAAGAGGACAGAGAAGGGUUUUAUCUUUGUCAAGCGAGUAAUGGUAUUGGAUCUGGCAUAGGCAAAGUUGUACAAUUAAAAGUUAAUUCAUCACCAUAUUUCGCUGCACCAUCGCGAUUGGUCACGAUUAAGAAAGGUGACACUGCUACGUUACAUUGCGAGGUACACGGUGAUAAGCCAGUAACCGUAAAAUGGUUAAAAGGUGGAAAAAUUGAAUUGAAUCCUUCGACGAAUUAUCGGGUCACCAUAAAUCAGGAAGCAACGCCCGACGGUGUUCUCGCACAAAUGCAAAUUUCCUCGGCGGAAGCAUCCGACAGUGGAGCAUAUUUCUGUCAAGCUAACAAUCUUUAUGGUCGCGAUCAACAACUUGUACAACUCCUCGUACAAGAACCACCACAACCACCGAACAAUUUAGAAACAGCUAUGAUCGCUAGUCGAAGUAUUAACGUAAAGUGGCAACACAAAUCACAAGAUACAAGCGAAGUUACCAAAUAUAUACUUCAGUAUAAGGAAGGCGUAGGUGGUAUGUGGCAACAACAAGAAUUUGUCGGACCGCCUUUACCCUAUGCCGCGUUAAUCGAUGAUCUUAAACCUGCUACGAGAUACACGAUACGAGUGAUUGCUGAAGGACCAGCAGGUCGUUCGGCUCCUUCGGCAGAACUUUUGGUAAGGACCGAACCUCAAAGACCAGCUGGACCCCCUAUUAAUCUUGCUGCAAGAGCACUUUCUUCAUCGGAAAUUUUGAUUACUUGGUCACCACCGUUGCCCGAACUUCGUCACGGAGACAUACAAGGCUUUAACGUCGGUUAUAGAGAAACUAGCUCAGGAAAUCCAUCGUACAACUUCACUUCUGUAUCCGGAGAUGGUGAAGAAGGGGGCGGUGAACUUCGUUUGACGGGUCUUCGACCUUACACGAGAUACUCCUUGGUCGUUCAGGCGUACAAUCAAGUCGGAUCUGGACCUUUAUCCGAGCCAUUACUAACGCAGACAUUAGAGGAUGUUCCCAGUAAACCACCGGAAGAUGUAAGAUGUGCAGCGCUUACUUCGCAAUCUCUUCAAGUAUCUUGGCAGCCACCCUCUAAUACACAUAGUAACGGCAUUAUUCAAGGUUAUAAAUUGAAUUACGAGCCGAUUUUAGCAGACACGUGGCUUAGCGCUAACAAAAUGGAAGUACGUAAAACUAGCGCUUUAACGAUAGUUCUAACAGAUCUUAAAAAAUACACGAAUUACACAAUACAAGUACUGGCCUAUACGAGAGUAGGGGAUGGAGUUCCUACUACUGUUACUUACUGUCAAACCGAAGAAGAUGUACCUGGAAGUCCAGCUGAUAUUAAAGUGGUCGUGAGUUCGCCCCAGGCUCUUUUUAUUUCCUGGUUACCACCAUUGGAGCCUAAUGGAAUUAUCACGAAAUACAAUCUCUAUACUAGAGUUGUCGACGGUCAAGGUGAAUUAAAUCACGGCAAGAGAAACUUACCAGCUACGAACACUCAUUUCGAAGCUACGGGCUUGCAACAACACGUAGAAUAUCAAUUUUGGGUAACAGGUAUUACUCGAGUUGGCGAAGGCCAAAGUUCGAAAGUAGCUGUUCAAGUACCAACUAAUAGAGUACCAGCAAGGAUCACGUCCUUUGGUGGUCACGUCGUAAAACCAUGGAGAGAUACGGCUACCUUAGCUUGCAAUGCGGUUGGUAAUCCUACUAGAGAAUGGUUCAAAGGAACCACCACACAAAUUAGAAUUGAUACUGCCAGAAAUGCACAAAUUUCACCAAACGGCGAACUCGUCCUAUCAAAUUUACAAUCACAAGAUUCUGAAAAUUAUACUUGCCAAGUAAAAAACAUGGAAGGAAGCGAUAAAUUACAUUACAGUCUCAUUGUACAAGUUCCACCUAGUGCACCUGUAUUAUAUGUAACAAGUUCAACGUCAAGUAGUAUACUACUACAUUGGAAAUCUGGUUAUAAUGGUGGAGCACCUUUAACCGGUUACACGUUACACUAUCGUACAACUCAUGGUAAUUUAGAUGAGCUGCAUCUCUCUAGACAUGCUACUAAUCACGAACUGAAGGGCCUUCUAUGCGGGAAUACUUAUCAAUUAUAUCUAACAUCGCAUAAUAAAAUUGGUAGCAGUCCUUCGUCACCAGUACUUUCCGUACGAACUCAAGGACAAGCACCAGGAAUACCACCAUCCGCGGCUUUUCUUAAUCCUAACUCGACAUCGUUGGUUUUAAGAUUACACGUUUGGCCUGACAAUGGCUGUCCUAUUCUUUACUUCGUUAUUCAAUAUAGACCUGCGACCGAUUUUCAUUGGACUUUAGUCUCUAAUAGUGUUAAAAUGCAACGAAGGUUCAUCGUGACACAUCUAACACCAAGCACGGUAUAUCAAUUGAAGGUCGAAGCUCACAACGUUGCUGGAAGCAAUCAGGCAGAAUUUAGUUUCGUGACUUUGACAAAGGAAGGUGAACCACCACCUCCAGAAUUAUCAAAACGUGGAAUAGCAUCUGUUAUUCCCUUCUACGCGGAUGUGAAAGUUAUCCUGCCUCUGAUAAUCGCUACAAUUGCUCUAGUCUCAGCUGCCGUAAUAGUUGCAUUCCGUUGGCGAAACAGAUAUUUGGGAGACCGUGUUCAAAGACCGAUGAAGGAAUCUCAAGAAAAUCAACAAAACGCUGAAACACAACGAGAACGUUAUUACGCAACUAUUCACAAGGUCGCCCUGCAACAGGCAGCGAGUACUGGUGCAGGUCCCGACAAGAUUCCAGGUGAACCUUUGUUACGAUACGGACGACAGCCAGAGACAGCGGAGGACAUCUCGCCGUACGCUACGUUCCAGCUUUCGGAGGGUGGAGGGGGAAGCCUGGCAGGGCUGGGAGGAUUGGGAGGACUGGGAGGCGCGGCGGAAGCAUCUGCGGCAGGUCUACAUCCGAACAACACACUUCUUCACAGUUUCAUGUAUCACGAGCACGCUAUGACCGAGGGUUGCGCGAGUCCUCCGCCAGCGGCAACGAGUAUGAAGAGUGUCUCGUCGAGGAGACGACAACAGAGAAAGCAACAGACCCCGGGCGACGUCGAGAGCGACGAGAGCGAGUCUGACCCGGAUCAGCUGACGAGCUCUCGCACAGAGUCUUCCAAUCAACUCGACGCUGGCAAACUCAAACACAUUCGAGCCGUUUCAGACUUCAUUUAUCACGGUACAUCGAGCACUUCAUCGGACAUCUCACCGAUGUCGGAACAGAAGUCGUUACCACGAAGAGGACGAUCUAGAUGGCAUGUUCCCAGCAGGAGUUCACUGCGUACGUUGCUACCACCAAUAUCGGUUGCUGAGACUGCUUUUGUAGCGGGAAAUCAAGGCAACGUCGUACCACCACACGGAAAUGGUGAUCGUCCUGAAUUAAGCGAGGCCGAAUGUGACAUCGAUUCAUUGAAAAAGCUCAAACUAGGUCUGAGGAGUUCCCUUUGGUCAAGACCGAGCACUCAAAAUAAUCCUUCCUCCGAUUACUCUAUCGCCGUCUAAUUUUUUCUCGCGUUACCACGAUCGACCGAAUAAAAUCCAAAUUCUCUUCCAGAAGACCCUUUCAUCCCUUUUCGUGGUCCAAGUUAUAAAUAAAUAAAAGAAUACAAUUUAAAUCUUCUUUCCGUGUCUCGUCGAAAAGCUAUGAUACGUUUUAAAUAA